AUGUGGGAACGCUACAGAGGAAAACAUAUUCUUAUCACAGGGGAUUCCGGAUUCCUGGGUACGACGCUCGUCUACAGACUGCUUGACAAAACCUCUGUAGCCCAUUUAUAUCUGGUUUGCAGGAAAGGCAUUUCGAACCUUAGGGAAGUAUGGGUUCAAUGGCUUCCAGAACUAAUCGUUCGCAAAAUGCUCAACCCAGAACGGGUAACAGUAUUGACAGGUGACAUUUUGAAGCUAAAUCUAGGGCUUUCUGGGAGUGAAUUGGAUAUAUUGCGCGAUAAAAUCAACAUUGUCGUCCAUGGAGCUUCUUCCAUCAAUCUAGUCCAUCCGCUAUACAGGCUCUCUCAGAGCAUUACUGGCGCGAGUGAAAGGCUUACAAAUCUUGCGCUUCAAUUUGCAAAGCUCGAGCGGUUCGUCUAUGUCUCGUCAGCAUAUGCAAACACUCAUCUAUACCAUGCAACCCCCAGCGGGGAUGUUUUGGUGGAAGAAAGCAUACACCCGCUCUCGGACGAAGCAAGCAACACGCAGUUGGAAUGGAACGAAGUCCAGAAGAAAGGGUCGAGGGCUGAGUUUCGCUCACACAAUUUCCCAUGGGCAUAUGGAUAUGCGAAGCAUUUGACCGAGCGGCUUCUCUUCGACAAGUUCGCCCAGGAAAACUUCUCUGAUACGCUUUUCAUUCUGCGACCGUCCAUCAUCGACCCGGCACAAUCCUAUCUAUACCCAGGAUUCAGUUUCCCACUCUCGACUCCAAUGCACAUCUUCACUGCAGCAGCUUGCUUAACGUCGUUAUUUUCGGCAGGGGUUGCAACAAGGCAUGAGAACCCCGAGAAAGAAGCUACCAACGAUGUAGUACCUGUGGAUGUUGUCGUCGACCGCCUAUUGGCACAUCUGGCUGCCCAGACACUUGAACCAGUUCAUGCUGUCAGUGGAGCUCGUGCUCGACGAGAAUUAGGAGUUGUGUGGAGGAAGAAGCUUCAUCCCAUUGCCCGUCUCUACAAGAUUAUGGGUACAUCAAUUUUGUUCUCAGAGAACAAAACGGUCACUCUGAUGGAACAUUGCUGUGACGAAGAGCUGUGGGAUUUGGAAUUGUUCACGAAACCUGUAUCUCUGCUGCAAGGUCACUCUCUUCUAAAACAUCAUGUAUGGUAUUGUAUGGAUUGGAUGAGGAAAAAGAGAUUCUUCGCGAGGUUUGCGAUGAAAUUACUGUACCGAAAAUAUAAGGUUAAAGAGCCUAGGAAGGAGAUACUAAAGAGAUGUUCAUGCUCUUGUCCCGAGGUGAAAGUUCAAUGA